AUGUCGACCUCAACAAGCGCAACUUCAUCUACAUCACACUCAUCCCAGAACGACCAUGGCGCACCGUCCUUCUGGGAAGCGCUGUUCCACUCGGUGUUCACUCCAGAAUACAACACUGUUCCACAACGAAUCAUGAAUUUCUCCUUCUACGGACUCUUUCUCGUCCUCUCCAUCCUCGUUUUCCUUACCAAUUACAAUCCGCACGUGAUCGCGCUAUUCACUCUGGCUGUCGGACUAUGGAUGAGUGUCAACUGGUUCAUGAAGGAGCUCGCCAAGCUGCCAGCUAGUAGCAAGCAGGUGCAGCAGAUGCCAGAAUCAGAGCACAUGAACAAAAAUUUGUAG